AUGAUGAAGUAAAUUAAAUUAUUAAUAGACAUUAGUAUCUAGAUUAUUUCUUUACUCUAAUAGCAUCAAGAAAUAGUGAUGCGAAAGGAGAUGAAUUAAACUUAGUUCAAAAGCUAAAGUUUUUUAUUGUAUCCAAAAAGCAAAAGAGAUCUGUGCUGCAACAUCAAGAUGCGGUUAAGCUCUAGUAUUAAUGGGCUAAUCAUUAGGGAUGGAUCUCCUAGUGAUUUAUUUUCUCGAACCAUCUAAAAUUUUAAAGAAGGAUGUUUUUAUAAAGCCAAUUAAUAUAGAAAUUUGGAGAAUUAAGAAAAAAACUACAAACUUACUAUUGUCUUGUUGGACCUGAAGGACUAGCAGACGUCCAAUUAAAAAGUUAAAUAAUUCAGCAUUCACAUCAAAAAACAGAACUUAGAGCAAGGUUUAGGCUAUUUCUUCAUCUUCAAACACCGUUUUUUACAAGAUUAGAAUGACUUAAUUAAAUGA